AUCUGCGCCGUUUGCUUGGAGGAGUUCAAGCCCAAGGACGAGCUGGGGAUCUGUCCCUGUAAACAUGCCUUCCACAGAAAGUGCCUCAUCAAGUGGCUGGAGGUGCGGAAAGUGUGCCCGCUCUGCAACAUGCCGGUGCUGCAGCUGGCCCAGCUGCACAGCAAGCAGGACCCUGGCCCUCCCCAGGGCCCCCUCCCCGGCGCGGAGAACAUCGUAUAG